AUGUUUUUUAAAAGUUUUACCUACUCAUCUUUUAUAAUACUAAGACAGUCUGAAGUUUAUUAUAACCAAUCAGUUCGAAGUAUUAUUUUGUGUCAAAAUUUAAAGUACAGAAAAAUAGAACAGGAUCUCAAUUUGAAUGCAACUAAAGAUAAUGAAGAAAUAAAUAAAAAAAAACGACCAAAAACAGCACCAAUACCUAAAAUAACCUUAAUAAGUCCUGAUAACAACUUGUCAAUAGUAACAUUAGAUGAAGCAAGUAAGGUUUCUGUAAGACGAGGCCUUAAACUAGUUAAGGUGAUAGAUUUUGACACUAAAACUCAAAGACCAGUUUUUAAAAUGAUGACUACUACUCAAUUUCUUAAAGAUGACAGUAAAUUUAAACGACUGAAUAAUGAAGAAAAUAAAUUUAAUGAAUUAAAAGGGGAAAAGACUGCUAUAAUUUCUAGUCGUAUUGGAAAAAGUGAUCUAGAAUCCAAAGUAAAUCAUUUUCGUAAAUGGUUACUUAAAUGUUAUGAAGUAAGAAUUACAAUCACAGGCGACUCAUCAAAUGAAAUAGCUGAUAAUAUUAUAAAAAUGACUGAAGGAUUUUCAAGAGUUGUUCAAAAAAGACAGAAAGGUGAUUCUAUUAAAUUUCAACUGUUACCCCCAAAACAAACUAAAUAACAAAGAGACUUUUCAAGUUUAUUUUUACAAAUAGUUUUAUGGUAAAAUUAUAAGUUAUGAAUAUUUUUAAUGAUAAUGUUCAUAAAAAGAAUACUUAAAUUAUUAGCUAAUAUAAUAAAUUAUUUUUAAUAUUAGGUA